UUUCACGAAGACAAGAGCAGCACUGACAGGCGGCUCAUCUACGCAAACAUGGCUGAUGAAAUGGCAAAGGCGCAGGCUGCCCAGCCGGGCGGAGACACACUAUUUGCAAAGAUUAUACGCAAAGAGAUCCCCGUAGAACUGAUCUAUGAAGAUGACAAGUGUGUGGCCUUCCCCGAUAUUACUCCUCAAGCUCCCACUCACAUCCUCGUCGUCUCAAAAAAGCCAAUUGUUCAGCUGUCAAAAGCGGAGGAUAGUGACACUGAGCUGUUGGGCCACAUGAUGCUAGUUGGAAAGAAGUGUGCUGCAGAUGCGGGACUGUCCAAAGGCUACAGGAUUGUCCUCAACGAUGGCCCGGACGGAGGCCAGUCUGUCUACCACAUCCACAUCCACGUCCUGGGUGGACGCGUGAUGAAGUGGCCCCCCGGUUAACCUCCUGUCUCCAUCCAUCCUGUCAUCAGUGUUGACGUCUGAUAAUGUGUACUGAUUAACUUACACUAAACCAGUUUGUCAUGGGAAAUAAGAGUCAAACAAAAACAGAAAAUUCAGCAAUGACAAUAAAAUGCACCUCACAACAA